GACAUGCUAGAGCGGCAAAUUAUUUUAAAUCUGCCCUGACAAAAUGGCGGACCGUAAAAUUCUGACAUUGACAUUUACCUAACCGCACUUUUUGUGAUGUUAUUCGGCGGAAUAAUCACAACAAAAACUUUUUGUAAACGAACACUUUCGGCAAUGGUGCGUUACUUGGGCCAACAAGAAGCGAUAAACAUCGACAAGGACCUCUUCAACCAGUACAAGUUCUCCGUUGACCAAUUAAUGGAACUUGCCGGUUUCAGUUGCGCCUCUGCUAUAGCAAAAGUUUACCCCGUUGAAAAAUACGGACAAAAACCGAUUCUUGUAUGCUGCGGCCCCGGAAAUAACGGGGGUGAUGGGCUAGUUUGUGCGCGACAUUUGAGCCUGUUUGGCUACAAACUGAAGGUCUUCUACCCCCAACGAACCGACAAACAGCUCUACCAUAAUUUGGUGCAUCAAGCUGUCUCCUCAGACGUCGUGAUGAUUAACAGGGAGCCCACCCUUGAUGAAGUUAAUAACGAGUUUGGGCUGAUUGUAGACGCGUUAUUUGGGUUUAGUUUUAAACCACCGGUUAGGCCGGAUUUUAAAAAUAUCAUGGAGGUGUUAAAGUGCGUCAGUGUGCCCAUUGCAAGUAUCGAUGUACCGAGCGGUUGGAACGUAGAGAAGGGGAUGCCUUCAGAAGGCGGCAUUUCUCCGGAACUGUUAAUUUCACUAACGGCCCCCAAACAAUGCGCCCAGUUUUUCCUAGGCAAGUAUCACUAUCUAGGCGGUAGAUUUGUCCCGCCAAAGUUGGAACAAAAAUACAAGUUGAGUCUCCCCAAAUAUCACGGCACCGAAUGUUGCGUCCUCUUGAAAUAACCACCAAGUUUGCAUUCGCUACAUUUUAUUUCAUCGUGGGUUUGAGGACGCUCUGAAUAUUUUACAUACAAAAAUGAACGAGAAAUGUAUAAUAGGGAUCAAUAAAAUGGUUAUUAUGAA